GGAGGAGGCAGGAGCCCUGGGGGUGAGAAGGGGAGCAGGCGGGGACGGAGAGGGGUCGAGCGGGCGAGGAAGAGCGUGACGAGCCCCCCGGUGCUCACACCCCCACGGCGGAGCUGCUUCUUCCCAGCCUUGUUCCAGCAAAAAUUGCUGCUGUGACUCUUGCUGCACAUUAACUGGGAGGAAAGUAAAAAAGUGAACCUUGAGAAAAGGACACAGGAGACAAGAAACAAGGACAUGGCUGAACCGAGUAAAACCUUAAUAACAACGGCUGCUGUGCUUCUGUCUGAAAACAUCAUAGAAUGGGCAUUCAGCAGAUAUCGAAGGAGAAAGAAUGAGAAGACCAAAAAAGACAUGGAGUGUAAGAUGGAUGUAGACUUCCAGGAGCUCAAGAAAAAAAUGGAAGCCUUGCAUGAAUCGUUCACAGAAUUGCAGGACACCAAACAGUCUGAGCUUGAAGGCCUCAGAACACACCUAGAGAACAACAAAGGAAACAAAGUGGAGGAAAUUGUAUGGUCCGUGAAAUCCAGGCUGAAGAAAUACCUCUGGCAGUUCUCACAUGGAAUUCGAACUCUGGAAGAAAAUAUAGAGGAUUGGUCAGAGACCACAGAGUAUGAGCUUCAGCGUCUUAGAGCAGAGUUGGAGAAGAACAAAGAAGAGGAGGAAAUUGUAUGGUCCCUGAAAUCCAGGCUGAAGAAAUACCUCCGGCAGCUCUCACAUGGAAUUCAGACUCUGAAAGAAAAUGUACAGGAUUGGUCAGAGACCACAGAGUAUGAGCUUCAGCGUCUCAGACCAGAGUUGGAGAAGAACAAAGGAAAGAAGGAGGAUGAAAGUUCAAAUUUCUGCAUGGAGACAAAAGUUCCGCAGCUCUCCUAUAGAAUUCAAACUCUGGAUCCAGAAUUACAGGAGAGGUGGGAGUUCCCAAAUCAUGAGCUUGAGUUUGUCACAGCAGGCCUGGAGAACAGCCACGAUUAAGGACCUGGGGGAAGCACCAGGGGCCUCCACAGGGGACCCACCCCACCAAGACCAGCCCUGCACAUCUCCUUUUCUCCCAACGUCAGCGGAGACGGAGCGGUGGAGCACAGUGACGACCCUCAAG